GUGUUAUUCCCCUCCCCCUCUCCUUCUCUCGUAUUGCCUUUUGCUGCAACACCCGCUUCUGGUGCGGUGCUUACCCGGUUAUGUGAAUCCCUUGACUCUUCCUGUGCUGUAAAGAGAGUAGCAACCAUGGGUAUUGUUCGCAGCCGUCUGCACAAGCGCAAGAUCACCGGUGGAAAGACGAAGAUCCACCGGAAGCGCAUGAAGGCCGAGCUGGGCCGCCUUCCCGCCAACACCCGUCUUGGUGCCCGCCGCGUGAGCCCUGUGCGUGCUCGCGGUGGCAACUUCAAGAUCCGUGCGCUGCGCCUGGACACCGGCAACUUCUCCUGGGGCUCCGAGGCCAUUGCCCAGCGCGUCCGCAUUCUGGAUGUCGUGUACAACGCCACCUCCAACGAGCUGGUGCGCACGAAGACGCUGGUGAAGAACUGCAUCGUCGCCAUCGACGCCGCGCCGUUCAAGCGCUGGUACGCCAAGCACUACGGCAUCGACCUGGACCUGGGCAAGAAGGUGUCCAAGGGUGCGGAGAAGAAGGGCAAGAAGUCCGCCGCCACCGCGGAUAAGUACGAUGUGAACAAGGCUUCCCCGAAGCUGCAGCGCGAGUGGGUGCGCCGUCGCCGCCAGCACAAGAUCGAGAAGGCGAUUGCUGACCAGCUGCGCGAGGGCCGUCUGCUCGCCCGCAUGACCAGCCGCCCUGGCCAGACCGGCCGCGCGGACGGCAUCGUGCUCGAGGGUGCCGAGCUGGCCUUCUACCAGAAGCGCCUGGAGAAGAAGAAGAAGUAA